AUGAAUGAUAGCAAUGAGGGGCCUGCUUUUGAAGCUCCUGGAGAGGUGUCAUCAGAUGGUGAGCACACCUCAGAUUUUGAUACUGAAAGUGAGCGUGAUAAGGAUGAUAUGGAAGGGGAUAAUGAAGGGACAAGUAAGGUUCUUAAAGAGGCACUCAGGGAAUAUUCCAUUAUUCAUGGAAGGAAACUGUUCUUUGAAAAAAAUGACAAGACGAGAGUAAAGGCAAUUUGUAGAGGAGGAUUAAAAUGUCCAUUUGUGCUUUAUGCUUCACAGAUAAACCAAGAUGUGCAAACAUUUGCAAUUAAGAAGUUGAGCUUAGAACACACAUAA